AUGACCACUGAACAAAACAUUCAAACAUUCCGCGAUUUUCUCGGACAGUACAAUCUGGUGGCUGAGGCGUGCUUUAACGCGUGUGUUAAUGAAUUUGGUAGUCGAACAGUUUCCGAUAAAGAAGAGAAGUGCUCUAAUAACUGUCUAGACAAAUAUUUGAAGAUGACGCAGAGACUUUCGAUGCGUUUCCAAGAGCACCAAAUGCUCAACGCGCAGGCCAACGGUGCUCCAACUUCCCAGUAG